UGGGAACUUUUUAUCCCGUAAGGAACCUUGGGCAUGGAAAGCUGGGCUCAGGGGUUCUUCUCAAGGAGAUGCACAACUUUUUCUUGUCCGGAAGUUUGCUCUAUAGCCCUAAACCUGCUCAGAAAGCACUGAGGUGUCCACGGAGUGAAAAACUGCACUCACCACUGACUAGCCAUGGAUGAGGAUGCGCUGGCUCGUGAGGAGGCGCUGGCUCUUGAAGAGGAACGGGAGGAGGCCCUGUGGAAUCUGCACCAUAUCGCCGCCAUGUCCGCAUCUCGCCUGGCCAGCAUCCAGCCUGACGGAGAAGGGUCACCCCCCUCCAUGUCCGACACGUUGCAGCCGUCGCGCUUUUCCGGCGAGUACAACUGCGACGUGUGCGGCGAGACCUUCUUCUCUAUCGUGCAGCUGGCCAAGCACCGUCAGUUCCACGACCGCGACCGCCCCUACCAGUGCGGCAUCUGCGGCAAGCGCUUCCUGAGCCGCAGCCACCACCACGAGCACCAGCGCGUGCACACGGGCGAGCGGCCGUACCCGUGCGAGCGCUGCGACCGCUCCUUCACCACCCACCACAACCUCAAGCGGCACAUGAGCAUCCACGAGAAGGAGGAGAUGUACCGCUGCCAAGAGUGCGGCGUCCUCUUCUGCCAGGAGCACCAGUACAACCUCCAGAAGCUCCAGCUGCCCGCCGUCGUGCCUCCGAUCAUCACCCACAUGCCCACCACCAUUCCCAUGCUCAUGCCCAUGCCCGUCACGCUACCGCUGGAGUACCGGCACCCGCUUGACGACAACCUGCCUUCCUCCAGCGACUUGGUGAGGAUGUCAAACAUGCUGAAAAAGGCGAAGAAAAAGAAGAAGAAGAAGAAGAAGAAGCAUUCCUUGUUUGAUGUCAGUAGAAACAUUGCGGCGCUCCCGCUGUACGAGAAGAAGCAUAAGCAUGAGUCACAGCUGUACGACUACAGGGGGAGUAAGGAAGCCAUGGGGGGCCACAGAAAAGCAUCCCGUGGCGUCCCGAGAGUCGCUUAUGAUAUCGAGGUGGUGCUGUAAUCCUGUUGUGUUGCAAAUCCCAGCUGCUUUUGAGCUGUGGGAAAGAUGAAAUCCAACACCAAAAAGUUGUGCUUUGUAGUUUCUGGGUGUCAGCAGAGGCAGUUAUGUCAGACAUGUAAAAAAAAUGUUUAGGUCAAGAUUAUGAUCAGGUCUUUCUUUUUUUAUGGCUAAUCAUGCUUUUCUUUUCUUCUUUUUUUUUGUCUUGUUAUGAUUUUGCUAUUUUCACUGCUGUUGGACUGUAUAAAUAUCACCUGAAGUGCUGCUGGUUUAUCAGUUUGUAGGUGAGCAAUGUAUUUGGGCAUAUUCCACGCGAGUAUGGCUUUAAAUUUGAAAUUCAAUUCCCAGAUGAAGCAUUGAGGCUGGAGCGAGACAGGCCUGCAGUGUGUACGGAGUAUAACUGUGCUUGUAAUUCCAGGCCUUCUCAGACUGGCCACUGAUUGUGUCGUCUUUUGUAAGGGUUAACAUGACCAUUAGACUCAUUUAUGUUUAUUCUGUUAUAAAACGUUAACGAAAAGAAAGUACUUAAAAAAAAAUCUCCUAUGAAUUGAGUUCUGUCUGUGAUACAGAUUUCUCUACUGAUUUUUGAAGGAACAUGAAUUACCCCAGAGAACUACCUCAAAAAGUGUGAGCCUCAAGCUACUGCACAUUUUUCCCAGAAUUAACCUUUUCUUUAACUGGAGACACUAUUUUACUUUUGUAUGUCAUUCUCAUGAUUUGUCCAUGAUCGAUCAAAACGAAAAAAUACAAGCCAAUCGUGUUAUUUUUUUUUUUUGCUGGAAUGUUGCGCAUUAUACACUUAUGUGGUCCUAGUCCAUAUAUGUUUAGCCAUCAUGUCCUACUAAUAAAAUUAAUUGAAAUGGCUUUAACACUU